AUGGGGGCCCUGACAAGCCGGCAGCACGCUGGCGUGGAGGAGGUGGACAUCCCGUCCAAUUCCGUGUACCGCUACCCGCCCAAGUCCGAAUCUUACUAUUGCAGCCACUUUGGAAAACAGUUUGACAGCACCCACCACAACGCCUGGCUAUUUUUUGAAAAUAAUGAUCUGUUUUCUGUUUAGUAUCUUGGAAACAGAUCCAUGGUUUUUCCUUAUGCUGCCCCACCUCCCCAAGAGCCUGUGAAGACUCUCAGAAGCCUGAUCAACAUCCGAAAGGACACACUAAGACUGGUCAAAUGUGCUGAGGAAGUGAAGAGCCCUGGAGAAGAAGCCAGCAAAGCCAAAGUCUACUACAAUGUUGAAUUCACUUUUGACACAGAUGCUCGUGUAGCCAUCACCAUCUAUUACCAGGCCACCGAAGAGUUCCAGAAUGGUAUUGCCAGCUACAUUCCAAAAGACAACAGCCUUCAGUCGGAGACUGUGCACUACAAGCGAGGCGUGUGCCAGCAGUUCUGCCUGCCCUCCCACACCGUGGACCCCUCAGAAUGGGCAGAGGAGGAGCUUGUCUUUGAUCUGGACCGAGAGGUCUACCCUCUGGUGGUACAUGCUGUGGUGGAUGAAGGAGACGAAUAUUUUGGCCAUUGCCAUGUCCUGCUGGGUACUUUUGAAAAGCACACAGAUGGAACUUUCUGUGUCAAGCCCCUCAAACAGAAACAAGUAGUAGAUGGGGUCAGCUACCUCCUUCAGGAGAUCUAUGGAAUUGAAAACAAGUAUAACACACAAGAUUCCAAGGUGGCUGAGGACGAAGUGAGUGACAACAGUGCUGAGUGUGUCGUGUGUCUCUCAGACGUUCGGGACACCUUGAUUCUGCCCUGUCGCCACCUCUGCCUCUGUAACACCUGUGCAGACACCCUGCGCUACCAGGCUAACAACUGCCCCAUCUGCCGACUGCCCUUCCGUGCACUACUUCAGAUCCGAGCCAUGAGGAAAAAAUUGGGUCCCUUGUCCCCACCCAACUUUAACCCCAUCAUCUCAUCCCAGACAUCCGACUCUGAAGAACAUUCAUCCUCAGAGAAUAUCCCACCAGGAUACGAAGUGGUAUCUCUUCUGGAAGCCCUCAAUGGGCCCCUCACCCCAUCCCCAGCAGUCCCUCCACUCCAUGUGCUUGGAGAUGGCCACCUCUCAGGAAUGCUGCCUUCAUAUGGCAGUGAUGGCCACCUGCCCCCUGCCAGGACACUUUCCCCUCUUGACCGCCUGUCUGACUGCAGCAGCCAAGGACUCAAGCUCAAAAAGAGUCUCUCCAAAUCCAUUUCCCAAAAUUCUUCUGUGGUACAUGAAGAAGAGGAUGAGCGUUCCUGCAGUGAGUCGGAAACACAGCUCUCUCAGAGGCCGUCAGCCCAGCAUCUCACAGAGGAAUGUGGUGUGACUCCAGAAAGUGAGAAUCUCACCUUAUCAUCAUCAGGAGCUAUUGACCAGUCGUCUUGCACAGGGACACCCCUCUCAUCCACAAUCUCUUCUCCAGAAGGCCCUGCCAGCAGCAGUCUGGCCCAGUCCGUCAUGUCCAUGGCAUCCUCCCAGAUCAGCACUGACACCGUCUCCUCCAUGUCUGGCUCCUACAUCGCCCCUGGCACUGAAGAGGAGGGAGAGGCUCUCCCUUCUUCCCGGGCUGCCAGCAGGGACCCCUCAGAAGAAGGAGAGGGGCUGCCAGCAGAGUCUCCAGAGAGCAACUUUGCUGGCCUCCCAGCCGGAGAGCAGGAUGCGGAGGGAAAUGAUGUUAUGGAGGAAGAGGAUGAAUCACCCACACAAGAAGAUGGCCAGAGGACAUGCGCAUUUCUAGGUAUGGAGUGUGACAAUAACAAUGACUUUGACAUCGCCAGCGUGAACGCUCUGGACAAUACGCUGUGCUCUGAGGUCUGCUUACCCGGUACCUGGCACGCUGAUGACAACAUUGUCAGUCGUCGUAACACCCCGCGCAGGCGCCUGUCAUCCAGCAGCCUGGAGGACUCUGAGAAUCGGCCCUGUGUGUGGGGUCCAUUGGCUGUCUGA